UAAGGUCAUUAAAAGAAUUUGGAAAGUCAUUCGUAUUGAAAUCAUGUGGGUCAUCGUUGCUAUUCUGUUUUCUAUUGAAAAUUUCUGUUUAUCUUGUCGAAUAGAAAGUUCACUUCAUGGAGUAUACAAAAGACAAUCAACCAAUUUGAUGCCUGUUGAAGUUAUUGGAAGACAAAAUGUUGUUUAUGAGGAGAUUACUCUGACAGCUACAUCAAUAAGUAACUAUGGAGAUUGUUAUACUAAACAUGGACCAUCAUAUAUUAUGGGAUUGAAAAGAAUGGGUCGCCCGAUCUGUUUCCGAUGUCUUACUCCAAUUUUACUGUCUCAAAAUGUUCUUCAGUUGGCACAUCAAUAUGAAGAAAACUGCUAUGAAACCGAAAAAGAAGCGAAAAUGACAUGCUUCGACUCGGCUCUUGUAACUAUUUCAGAUGGAAAUUUAUUGUUCCGAACUUCUGAUGAGCAAGCAGCAAGUUGUAGUCCGAUUGAUGGAAGAUUUGAUGUAUCUUACCGUAUGAAUGAUGCUGCUCUCAGUUGUGAAUCUGGUGAAGGAUCUACAGCAAACACUUGUGAUUCGUCUUCAAAAAUUCAAAUUGAUUUCAAAAACUGCUCAUUUCCGGAUUUUCAAAUGUCUCUUCGAUGUAUUGGAUCCUGGAGAGACAAAAAAAAUCAACAGUAUUUUAUAGUGCAAAACGAGGAAAAUGAAGAAUAUCGCUGCGGGAUUGUUAUAGAAGACACCAAUGUCAAAAAACUAUACUUUGCGAAUGGUUCAUCAUGUUCAUCAUUAUCCAUGAAAACUGCAUUCGAUAGUUAUUAUUUCCAUUCAGGAGCAGUUGCAAAACCGUUUGCUCCGUGUGCAUUUCCCGUUUGGAUGCAGGGAGAAUUUGAUUCAAUGAGAGUUUCCUCUCAUGAAUUACAAUACUUACAACAUCAUGUUGGUGCAGUUCCUCUUAUUUCGCAUUGUGUUCAAACUUUUGAGGAUCGAGUAAUGGUCUUCUCCGAAACGAAAUGUGGAGAACCCCUAGGAUAUCAUUGUCUUUUGUUUAAUGCAAGAAGUCAAAAUUUAAUUGAAUUCAAGACAAGUGUACCCACCGAUCGAUCAAAUACCAGCAUUUGCACAAACAAUACUCAAUGGGAAAGUGUUCCAUGGUUCUCUUCAGUUGUUUUAAACACUUCACCAUAUCCAUGUGGUAUAUUUGGAAUUUUUUCAACUCCUAAAACAUUAGAUCAAGAUUAUUGUUACGACGUUGUAUUUGAUUGCACCGAUUCUUCAAAAAUGGAUAUUUUGGCAUACCACUGCAGUGAUGGAGUUAUUUUUGAUUCUCGUUCAUAUACUUGUCUUGCUUCUUGGAAACAUGAUGACCGUCUUUUGAUAUAUUCAAAUCGUGGUAGUGAUGAGAAAGAAUGCUUUGUUACACAUUUUCAUGAAGGCAAAUUAUUUAUGGCUGCUACAGGAGAUCAGUGCGAACGAAACAUUGAUUUUGCCAAAAACCAAGAUUUAAUUAUGGUUUUGGAGGAGAAACAAACUUGCCGAAAUCACACAUUCAAGUCAAGAAAGCCAACAACUCCCAUAAAGCUUCACGCAUCUCCUAUACUUGAAUUAAACACAACUUCUACUCCAGAAGAACAAACUACAACAAUAGACAUAUCAGUUUUAUCAGAUGAAUUCUGGUUUUCUUCAGCAUUCAGAACAAAUCAAGUAACAUCGCUAAUAAUUAUUUUCUUAUUUUUAAUUCAAUAGACAAUCGUAAAAAAAUGAAUUAAUAUUAAACAAGAAAUCGUUGAUCUACUAAA